AUCUAGGAAUUUAUUGCUAAAGCCUUCAGCUCAACCAACUCUUCUAACGCCAUGUCUCAGUUAAAUUCAUCUACCAAUCUUUAAAGGCCUUUCGACAACAAUUGAAUCCCCAUAUAUCUUUUGCACAUAACAAUGCCGGAGUUGUACUCUGUGAAGGUGGAAGAGGCAAGGCCUGCAACUCAUGAAAAGCCAUCAGCAGGUCCUGUCUACAGGUGCAUUUAUGCCAAGGAUGCUUUGACUCAGUUACCUUCUCAUUUUCAAUCUCCAUGGCAAUUCUUCAGGGACACGACAACGAGGUGCCCCAGCAACCCAAUGCUGGGUCGGCGUCAAAAAUCCGAUUCCAAGGUGGGUCCCUAUCAAUGGAUCACAUAUCAGGAGGCUUAUGAUGCUGCCAUACGAAUGGGUUCCGCCAUGAGAAGCCGUGGUGUCAAUCCUGGAUACCGUUGUGGCAUAUAUGGGUCCAACUGCCCCGAAUGGAUAAUUGCAAUGCAGGCUUGCAAUAGCUAUGCAGUAACCUAUGUCCCAUUAUAUGACACCCUGGGUCCUAAUGCCGUGGAGUUUAUCAUAAACCAUGCUGAAGUUUCGAUUGCAUUUGUACAGGAUAGCAAGAUUCCUUCUGUUUUGUCAUGCCUUGAUCGGUGGUCAAGUCUUAAAACUAUUGUGAGUUUUGGUAAUGUUUCAACCACACAAAAGAAGGAAGCUGAGGAGCUUGGUGCAUCUUGCUUCUCGUGGGAAGAGUUUCUCCAGAUGGGAAAUAUCGAUUUAGACCUUCCACCGAAAAAGAAGACUAACAUCUGCACAAUAAUGUACACAAGUGGAACAACAGGCGAACCCAAAGGCGUCAUUAUUAAGAAUGAGGCUUUCAUGACUCAAGUGUUGUCUAUUGACCAAAUACUUAAUUUAACUGACAGAGUGGGAACAGAAGACGACGUGUACUUUUCUUUCCUUCCUCUUGCUCAUGUAUAUGACCAGAUAAUGGAGACCUAUUGCAUUUAUAAGGGCUCCUCAAUUGGAUUUUGGCAAGGCGAUGUUGGAUUCUUAAUGGAAGAUAUUCUGGCACUGAAACCAACUCUAUUUUGUGGUGUUCCUAGAGUUUAUGAUCGUGUUUAUGCUUGUAUCAGUAGCAAAAUUUCAUCUGGAGGAGCACUGCAAAGUACAUUGUUUCAAUAUGCAUAUAACUACAAGUUGGGAUAUCUGGAGAAGGGUCUUCCCCAAGACAAAGCAGCACCUUUGUUUGAUAAGCUUGUGUUUGAUAAGAUAAAACAAGCAUUAGGUGGACGGGUUCGCCUCCUAUUAUCAGGAGCUGCUCCUUUGCCUAGGCAUGUGGAGGAGUUUUUGAGGGUCACUUUUGGAGCUACUAUGUCACAAGGAUACGGUCUUACCGAAAGUUGUGGUGGGUGUUUCACUGGAAUAAGUAAUGUGUUUUCUAUGAUGGGAACAAUUGGAGUCCCUAUGACAACCAUUGAGGCCAGGCUUGAAUCUGUGCCAGAGAUGGGGUAUGAUGCACUCUCCAGUGAAGCCCGGGGAGAAAUUUGCCUUAGAGGGAAUACCUUGUUCUCUGGUUACCACAAGCAUCAAGAUCUUACUGAAGAGGUUAUGGUUGAUGGUUGGUUUCAUACAGGUGACAUUGGAGAAUGGCAGCCAAAUGGAGCCAUGAAAAUUAUUGAUAGAAAAAAGAAUAUCUUUAAGUUGUCUCAAGGAGAAUAUGUUGCCGUGGAGAAUAUUGAAAACAAAUACUUACAGUGCCCCCUUAUAACAUCGAUUUGGGUCCAUGGAAACAGUUUUGAAUCUUUCUUGGUGGCAGUGGUGGUCCCUGAAAGAAAGGGCCUUGAGUAUUGGGCAGUGAAGCAUAAUUCUACAGAUGAUUUCAAAUCUUUAUGUGAAAAUCCAAAGGCAAGAAAAUACAUUUUGGAUGAGCUCAACAACACUGGUCAGAAACACCAACUUAGAGGUUUUGAGCUGCUAAAAGCAGUUCAUUUGGAACCAAUUCCCUUUGACAUGGAGAGAGAUCUGAUAACUCCAACAUUCAAGUUGAAGAGACCGCAAUUGCUCAAGCAGUAUAAGGAAUGUAUUGAUCAACUAUACAAGGAAGCGAAGGCAUAGAUGGUGUGAGCCAGGUGUCUAACGGGGAUUAUAUGCAAUUAUACUGAUUCCCGACACAGUUUCCACAGAAUCCAUUCGAAUUUUUUGUACACUUUGGUUCAUUGAGUGAAGUGAAAAGCUACAAACAAAACCUUACAUCGAAAUGGCAACUGAGCAUAUCCACUCUGCAUUCUUAAAAAGAUUACAAAAUGAUAGUUGGAAAUUUUUAUAAGCUUGAUAUUUCGUGGUCUUGCAACUUCUGUUUUUGCUCCAUUUUCUUUUAUUAAGCUAUUUUGGGCCUAGUGUUUUGUUCCCUCAUCAAGUCUAUAAUUUUAGCCAAUAGAAUACAGUUGAUUAGGGUAAUGCUGAACCUGUAUUUUUUUUCAUGCUUGUUAACAAUGCUUUGAUUAUAUGUCGAUAAUGAAAAGUUGAAGAGAUGGCGGAAAUUACACUUUUGAAGUGUGAUAAA